AUGUACAGCACCUCUGUCCGCACGGUUCAGCCGUGCGUCACCGCGGCUCGCCGCCUGCAGCAGACGUGGGCGCCCCCGACCUACUUCAACACACCGGCGCAGGCGCCGCGCGCGCAGGCCGCCCCAGCACGUAAGCCGCUGCUGGAGGGCGCGCUCUUCGUCGCCGUCGGUACGCUGGCCUUCUUCGCCGUGGACAACUACCGCGAGCGCACAGCGGCAGAGGUUCGCCUGCAGAAGCAGCUGCUCGAGUCGCAGCGCAUGCACGAGGUCUUCACCCGCCAAGUCAAUGCCGCCCGCCGCAAGCGCGAGCUGCAGGUCCUCAACGAGCGCAAGGCCACCCAGAUCCGGCAGAUGAAAAUGGCCCUGCACAUCGCGAUGCUCCGCGAGCAGCUGCAUGACCGUGGCGUCGAGGCUGUCGGCGUCGACCAGGUCCUCCAGGAGUUCGACCGCCACGUCCGCAUGGAAAACAGCAUCAGCAACGUCAGCGGCACGUCCCUGUGGGUCGUCGAUGACGCCCCGGCGAAGCCCUACGUCCCCAAUGUCCGCGAUUACGACCCCACGGGCACCCCCGCGGGCACCUCGUAG